AUGGCGCCAACACAAAAGGAACCCGCCGCGGCGGCGCCCAAGCUCCCCAACUCUACAGACUUCAACGCAAUCUACAACAGAAUCUCUCUCGCCUCCGCGAAGCAGACGACUUUUCUCAACUCCAUGCGCGCCAAGUACCCUUCUCUGGCUCGCUCCUCGUCUUCUUCUUCUCCUUCCUCCGCUGCCGUCAGCGCUCCCGCGACAAACGCCAACGGCACCUUUUCCUCCCUCUCGAAACCGACACUUUCGACCCCUACCACCGCAACGCCACAGAGCGGCAAGGCCCGUUCUUCGGCAGACGAGUCCGACCUUCGUUUUGAAAACCCAAACGCAGGUCUAGGUUACACGGCCUCGAACUCGGAGGAAAAGACGUCCGCCGCAACGCGUGACCUCGGCCGCAGACUCCUCGGCAAGCGCGGGCGCGAGGUCGACAACAAGGCUGCCGCGCAGAAGCGCAGGGUGCAGGACGACGAGAGUGAAGAGGAAGAAGGAAGGAGCGGCCUUGGCAGGAAGAAGAAGAAGAGGGCCCGAACGGAGGAGGAGGAUGAUGAUGAGGAGGCGGGGGAGGAAAGCCCCGCGGCGGACGACGUCCAGCAGCGUGAGGGGGCUGAUAUGUCGGCCGGAGUUCCAGAAAAGAAUGCCGAAGUUCCUCCGCCUGACCAGGAGAAACCUGCCGCAGGGAUCGUCAGGGAGGAUGGCAAGGUAUCUCACGACGCUCAGCCCGAGACAAGCGAACCCAAAAAGAAGAAGAACAAGAAGAAGAAGAAGAAGAAAGCGGGCGGUAGCGGGGACGCUUGA